CACAACUUUUAAACAAUUCUUUUUUGAUUUUUUAUUUAAAUUUUUGUGUGACUUUUUGAAAGGGACAGAGUUUUGGUUAGAAAUUCAGUCCCAUCAAACGUCUUUCACAAUUUUUCGUAAACUUGGAAUAAAAUCGCAAGCCGGGGACGACGAGCCCGACUCCCCAUUAACUGGCAACAUAAAAGAAAUAGUAUCGAGGCGUGAAUCUUCUGAAUCAACUCCUUUGCUUUUUGCUGCUGAAGAAGAAUCCACAUUUAAUCAACCCUCUUCUCGGCUUUAUAAUUCAAUGGCUGUUGGCAGUUCUUCCCAAUCUUUACCUUUUGAUAACGAAGAAAAUCUUCGUCAAGAACAUAUAAAUGCUGACAAAUUAUCCAAAACAGCCCAUUAUUUUAUUCGAAAUUCUGUCCCAAAUAUUCCACAAAAUAUUAUUGAAAUGGAAGAAGGAAAUGAUGAAAAUAAUAAUAAUUUGAAUGGUGGUGAACAACAACAACCACAUCAUGCUGAAAUUGAAUUACAAGAUGAAACUUUAAAUAUUUUUGGUUAUCAACGUUCAAUACUUAGAACUUUUGGUAUGUGGCUUCUCACAAUUUCUACAGUUGGUAUUUUUCGACUUGUAUUGCAUUGGUAUCCAGAAUGGUUUGUUUGGUUUACGGCUCGUAAAACGUCUCUAGCUAAUUGUGACCAUAUUUUAGUCAAGGAUGAUCAUUUAAAUAUUGCUUUUCGUCCAAUCAAAAUAAUUAACAAUUGCAAAAAUGGAGGAUUUAUUUUACCCAAAGGAAAUGGACAAAUGUAUCAAUUAGACAAACUUCGUUUCUUUACUUAUCGAAAAUUAAAAUAUUUUUGGUAUCCGCAAAAGAAUUGUUUUGUUACAAUUUUCCAAUUGGAAUCUGAGUUGCCUGUUAAUUAUUUUCAUCAUUGUGUUAGUUCACAAACUGGUUUGUCUGAUAAUUCUGUUGAGCAAAGAUUAUUUACAUAUGGAAAGAAUUUAAUAGAAGUUAAAGUUAAACCACUUGUUGUUUUAUUGUUUAAAGAAGCAAUUACUCCAUUUUAUAUUUUUCAAGUUUUUAGUGUAACUGUUUGGUAUAUGGAUAAUUAUGCCUAUUUUGCGUCUAUAAUUGUUGCAAUGUCUGUAAUGUCAAUAGGUUUGGAUGUCUAUCAGAUACGUAAACAGGAAAGAAAAUUGAGAAGUAUGGUACAUACAGACGAGCAAGUACAAGUGUUGCGGAAUGGUGGGAAAGUGGAAGAAAUUUCUAGUGCUAAUUUGGUUCAUGGUGAUAUUCUAUUAAUUCCGCCUCGUGGUUGUAUUCUUCAAUGUGAUGCUGUUUUAAUGACUGGAACUGUUAUUGUAAAUGAGGCAAUGUUAACCGGUGAAUCUAUGCCUAUAACAAAAGUUGCAAUGCCAGAAACGGAUGAAGAACAUGGGGAAACACAAAUAUUUUCAUUUAAAGAACAUUCCAAGCAUAUUUUAUAUUGUGGAACUCAAGUUUUGCAGACUCGUUAUUAUCCUGGAAAACAUGUCCAAGCUGUCGUUCUUCGAACAGCUUAUUCAACCUUAAAAGGCCAACUUGUUCGUUCUAUAAUGUAUCCAAAACCUGUUGAUUUUCGUUUUACAAAGGAUUUAUUUAAAUUUGUUGGAUUUCUUGCUUGUAUUGCUGGCCUAGGCUUUCUCUACACUAUUUUGGUAAUGAUAUCACGUGGAUCUUCUGCCUGGAAAAUUAUUAUUCGUUCAUUGGAUAUAAUUACAAUUGUUGUUCCUCCAGCACUUCCAGCGGCUAUGAGUAUUGGUAUAUUUGCUGCACAAAUGCGUUUACGUGCAAAACAAAUUUUUUGUAUUUCGCCAUCUACUAUAAACACUUGUGGAGCUAUUAAUACGGUAUGUUUUGACAAAACUGGCACACUUACUGAAGAUGGUCUCGAUUUUAAUUGUUUUCGAGCAAUAUUUCCACGUAAGGAUUUGCCUGAAUUUGGAAAUGAAUUGCACGAUUUUUGUACUGAUGAAUUGCCAGAAAAUGGUGAAUUACUUAAAGCUGUGGCUACAUGCCAUAGUUUAACACGGAUUGAUAAAGUAUUAAAUGGUGACCCUCUUGAUUUGGUUUUAUUUCGUAAGACUGGUUGGAUUAUGGAUGAGGCGUCAGAAAGGAUUGGUGAUGAAACUGCACAAUUUGAUAUUUUACAGCCAACAGUUAUUCGUUCACCUCCAUUACAUUCUUCUGUGGAAUCUGAAGUUGAACUUGCUGUAAUCCGACAAUUUACCUUUAGUUCUCACCUUCAAAGAAUGUCUGUUCUUGUUCACAAUUUAAGUGAUGAAUCACAUAUCCAUCAUUUGUAUUGCAAAGGUGCUCCAGAAAAAAUAGCUUCUUUAUGCCUUCCGGAAACGUUGCCUUAUGGAUAUCAAUCUUUUGUUGAUAAUUAUGCUCAACACGGUUAUCGUCUAAUUGCCGUUGCUUCUCGUCGCCUUAAUUUAAAUUAUGUAAAAGCACACAAAGCUAAACGUGAACAUUUGGAAUGCGAUUUGGUUAUGUUGGGAUUAAUUGUUAUGGAAAAUAGAUUGAAGCCGCAAACUAUUGGAGUUAUUAAUCAAUUAAAUAGAGCAAAUAUUCGAACAAUAAUGAUUACUGGAGAUAAUAUACUUACUGCAAUGUCUGUAGCACGUGAAUGUGGAAUUAUACGCCCAAAUAAAAGAUCUUUUUUGUUGGAAGCUGGGGAUACUAAAUGUAGAGAUGGAAGAACACAUUUAGUAUUAAAACAAUCUGUUAGUUCUUCUGAUGAAGUUUUGGAACUUGAAGAGGACACUUUCUCUUGUUGUUAUGAACAAAAUCAACAACCAGCAAAAAGUGCAGAGUCUUCAUAUCAUUUGGCAAUUUCUGGUCCAACUCUAAGUGUUAUAUGUGAAGAAUAUCCAGAAAUAUUGGAGCAGUUAAUUUGUGUUUGUGAUGUUUAUGCAAGAAUGUCACCUGAUCAAAAACAAUUGUUGGUUAAUCAACUUCAAGAUGUUGGAUAUACAGUGGCAAUGUGUGGAGAUGGAGCUAAUGAUUGUGCUGCCUUAAAAGCUGCCCAUGCAGGAAUUUCUUUAUCCGAAGCAGAAGCUUCAAUUGCUGCUCCUUUUACUUCUAAAACGCCAGAUAUUCGUUGUGUUCCAACUGUGAUUCGUGAAGGAAGAGCAGCUUUGGUUACUUCAUUUGGAGUUUUUAAAUAUAUGGCUGGAUAUUCUUUGACACAAUUUGUUACAAUAAUGCAGCUUUAUUGGUUAAAUACUAAUUUGACUGAUUUACAGUUUCUUUAUAUCGACUUGGCGCUUGUAACACUUGUUUCUCUCUUUUUUGGUUACACUCCAGCUUGUGAACGUUUAGCAAAAAUACCUCCACCAACUCGAUUAUUAUCUUUGGCUUCUAUAUUUUCUGUUAUUGGGCAAUUAACAAUUAUUUCCUUCUUUCAAGUUUUUACUUUUAUUUAUACAAGUAUGCAACCAUGGUUUAUUCCUUAUGCAACCCCAGCUGGACCAGAACCAGAUGAUAGACGUUCAAUGCAAGGAACAGCUGUUUUUUGUGUUUCAAUGUUUCAAUAUAUUACUUUAGCAAUUAUUUAUAGUAAAGGAUUUCCUUAUAGAAGAGCUAUUUUUAGUAACAAACCUUUGUGCCUUUCUCUGUUUGCUGUUGGAAUAUGUUCUUUAAUUAUUUGUAUAGAACCACCUCAAAUUAUUAUUGAAUGGCUAGAAUUUGACCCAAUUCCAUAUAUUGAAGAUCGUUUAUUUAUUCUAACUUUGGCCUUGUUAAGUUCUGUGCUUUCUUAUUUGUAUGAAAAAUUUGUUAUUGAUAUGUUGAUAUUAAAUAUUCACGAAAGACAUAAAAAACAAAAACAAUUGUUGUCUGGUUCAUCAUCUUCCCAUCGUUUUGAACGUAUACUUUUAUCUAUUGGAAACGAACCAAAUUGGUUACGUAUAUUAACUGGUGGGUCAACAUCAAUGUCUGCAUUAAAUUCUUCUUUUAAUGGACAACAAACAAAUUCUUAUAGAAAUUCUUUUCCAAUAAAUAAACAACAAAAUGGAGGUAAUGAGGAAGAGGAGGAUGGCAUUUUUGUUGGAAAUAGACGUAGAAAACAUUCAUCUACACAAAAUAAUAAUUCUACAACAACUUGUAAUGACUCGCCACCAAAGAAAAUUACCAUUGUUGUUAAUGAACAUUGUGUUGAUGAUGAUAACUCAAAAAAAUCAAUUGUUUUAAAUUUAAAUGACAACCCUUGAAUUUUGAGGUUUUUUUCCUUCGUUUUGUUUUUUCACAUUUUUAUACGUCCUUAUGCCCAAAAUGACAUUGCAAUUUUUUCUAAAAAAUUUUUUUCUUUUGAUUUUUUUAUUCAAGUUUCUUUAGAAAAUUUAUUUUUGUUUCUUCAAAUAAUGCUUUAUUUUUUUGUUUUUUUGCGGACUUUCUUUGCGGAGUCCGCAAAUAUUCAUAAAUUCAUUUUUCUCCUCCAUUUUUCUACGUUAAAAAAUUCCUUUUU